AUGUCGCCAGUUCGGUUCAACUCCACAACCCCAACCUCAGAAAUCACCAAUAAGCUCACUCAGUUCACAGAAGAUGCUAUCACCACUUCCACCAUGACCUCUGACCAGCUUGGAUACUUACAGUCGAUAGGAAUGGGAGAGGGAUACGGCCCCACGGCUAUAAUUGAGAGAAUGUUGGAAUUCACCCAUGUGUACACGGGAUUACCUUGGUGGGGCACCAUCCUUGCUGCAACCGUGAUAACCAGAGUUUUCAUGUUCCCAUUGUACAUGAAAGCUUCUGCCAACACGGCAAAGAUGACCAAGAUCAAGCCGCAAUUGGAUGCGACUGCUCAGCAGAUGAGAGUGGCAGAAACCAUGCAAGAAAGAACGGAAGCUUCGUUUGCUAGAACCAAGUUGAUGAAAGAGCACGGCAUUAAGAUGAGCCAUGGGUUCCUUCCGUUUAUUCAGAUUCCUUUUGCAUAUGGGUUCUUUCAGGCACUAAGAAAAAUGGCUAACCAUCCAGUUGAAGGGUUUUCUACACAAGGUACUGCCUGGUUUACUGAUUUAACACAGGUGGAUCCAUACUUGGGGUUGCAAAUAGUAGCCGGUACGAUCAUCAUGGGACAAUUUAAGAUAGGAGGGGAAACUGGUGCCAUGAACAUGAGUCCGGUGAUGCAGAAGUUCAUUUACUUGGCUCCGGUGUUGUCUAUUUUCGUAACUAAAGGGUUUUCUGCAGCCGUGCUUUUGUAUUUUGCGGCCAAUGCUUCCUUUUCUUUUCUCCAGGCCAUCGUGUUGAGAAGCAAGUACUUCAGGAGAUUCUUCAAGAUGCCUCCCAUUCUGAAACCACCUCCAUCGGCAUCUGGUGCUCAGAAUCAGAGUUUAGGUGACUGGUGGAAAGAUUUCUCUAAAACCACUCAGCAGACUACUACUUCUAAGAUGCAACAAUCGGACAGAAAGUUGGCGGCCAUGCAAAAAAGAAGACAAGACACCACUAAGAACUUUAUCAAGAGACGUUGA